AUGUUUGAUAAACUUCUCAAAAAACGACCGCAGGACCUCUAUGCGAAUAGCGAGGCUACUGCUAGGGAGUCGACCUCUACUGCUGAGCACGAGAAGGGCCCUAGCGAUAUGGUAGAUACUCCUAUCCCGCUCUUCACAGUGCGCUCCUUUAUUAUGGGCAUUUUUGUGUCUAUGGGAGGGUUUUUGUUCGGUUACGACACCGGUCAAAUCUCAGGUUUCCUUGAGAUGAAGAAUUUCCUAAGGCGCUAUGGUGAGCCAAGUGGAGAUGGAACCUAUCAUUUCACCAAUGUUCGCUCCGGUCUGAUCGUUGCCCUGUUAUCCAUCGGUACCUUGAUUGGAGCUCUCGUUGCAGCGCCGAUUGCUGAUCGUAUUGGACGUAAAUGGUCUAUCAGUGGAUGGUGUUCCAUACUCAUGAUCGGAGUUACUGUCCAGAUAUCAUCCCCGUCAGGCAAAUGGUACCAGUUCGCCAUGGGCCGUUGGGUAACCGGACUGGGAGUCGGGGCACUAUCUCUACUUGUGCCGAUGUACCAAGCCGAGUCAGGACCAAGACAUAUCCGAGGAUCGCUGAUCAGUACCUACCAGUUGUUCAUCACACUGGGCAUCUUCGUUGCCAAUUGCAUCAACUUUGGUACUGAGACGCGUCCCGAUACCUCAUCGUGGCGUAUCCCAUUGGGCAUCACCUAUUUCUGGGCUUUAGUUCUCGGCAUCGGGAUGCUCUUCUUCCCCGAAAGUCCUCGCUACGACUACCGUCAUAACAAGGUGGAAACUGCCAUCGAGAACCUCUCCAAAAUCUACGGCGUUCCCAAAAAUCAUCGCGCGCUGCAUAUCGAAUUUGAAGAGAUCAAACAAAAAUACGAGGAAGAGGUUCGCAAUGGAGUAGUUACUUGGAAGAUGCUCUUCAAAGCUCCGACCAUGUCUUACCGUGUUGCGGUAGGAGUUGCACUCCAAGCACUUCAGCAGCUUACCGGCGCCAAUUACUUCUUCUACUAUGGUACCACGGUCUUCCAAGGUGCCGGCAUUCAAAACAGCUACGUAACGCAAAUGAUCCUUGGUGGAGUAAACUUCGGCAGCACCUUCCUCGGUCUCUAUCUUAUUGAGCAUUACGGUCGUCGUCGCUCCCUCAUCGUUGGGGCUCUAUGGAUGUUCGUCUGCUUCAUGGUCUUCGCCUCAGUAGGCCACUUUUCUCUUGAUCGCCAAAAUCCUGAGAACACUCAUUCCGCUGGCGUGGCAAUGGUGGUCUUCGCCUGCCUCUUCAUCCUGGGCUUUGCCAGUACAUGGGGCCCAAUGGUAUGGACCAUCGUUGCAGAAUUAUACCCUUCACAAUACCGUGCGCGAGGAAUGUCUCUAGCCACCGCGUCGAAUUGGCUCUGGAAUUUCUUGUUGGCUUUCUUCACGCCUUUCAUUACCAGUGCGAUCGACUUCCGGUACGGUUACGUCUUUGCCGGAUGUCUCUUCCUGGCUGCAGGGCUUGUCUACUUUGCUGUCAUUGAGGGACAGGGUCGUACUCUGGAGGAGAUUGAUACGAUGUAUCUCAUGCACGUGAAGCCGUGGAACAGUUCAAAGUUUCAGUUCCCGGCCGAUCCGGCGGUUAUUCGAGGGUCGUUUGAUAAGGGAGAUGGGACUGCUGGUGCUUCAGCUCAUAUUCCCGAUGCUACUACUGAGUUGCAGGAGGAUGGGCAUGCUGUGCCACAGACCCAGUCUGGUAGGGUACCCGAGUCACAGGGAACACGAACGGAUCUAUAG